UUGUUUUAUUCAGGAUUAGGCGAGAACGCGCUUUUUUAUUCGUCCGAGCACCUCCAUCUCCUUCCCUCUCUUUCUCCCUUCCGCCUCCCUUCCGAAACCCUACCUCGUCUCUCCCAACCCUCCAUCCCAUCCUCCACCACCCUCCCCUGAGAUCCUUGCUAGAUCUCUCAAGGUCCAUCGACGACGAUGACGAGCUCCUUGGAUAUGUCUCUCGACGACCUCAUCAAGAACAAUAAGAAGUCAACCGCCGCCUCCGGCGGCCGGGGGCGCGGUAGAGGAUCCGGCGGCCCCACCCGCCGGUUCCCCAACCGGUCUGGGAACCGCCCUGGGCCCUAUUCGAUGGGAAAGGCGCCCGACUCCGCAUGGCCGCACGAUAUGUAUGCGAAUCAGACGGGGGGUUAUUCGGCUCCAGCGGCGAGGGUUUCUUCUAUUGAGACAGGCACCAAGCUCUACAUAUCCAACUUGGACUAUGGUGUCUCCAAUGAGGACAUCAAGGAACUCUUUUCAGAGGUUGGUGAUCUCAAACGUUACUCGAUCCAUUAUGAUAGGAGUGGAAGAUCAAAGGGAACGGCUGAAGUUGUCUUUUCAAGGCGGGCAGAUGCUCUAGCUGCGAUAAAGAGAUACAACAAUGUACAACUUGAUGGGAAGCCAAUGAAAAUUGAGAUUGUAGGAAUGAAUAUUGAGACACCUGCUGCUGCCCCCCAGAUUAUAAAUGGGGCAUUUGGAAGUCUUAAUGGCCCUCCUAAGAGGUUUGUUUCAGAGUAUCAGAUACUGGACCUGAAUCAGUUUGCUGAGACACACUGUACCAUGCCAUAUUGCAUUCAUUGGUACCGAUUGUGCACCUGGAAGAGGUGGCUCUACAGGAUGGCCACGAGGUGGUGGUGGCCGUGGACGGGCAAGAGGCCGUGGACGAGGUAGAGGCCGUGGUGAUCAGAUUGCUGCUGCAGAUCUUGAUGCUGACUUGGAAAAGUACCAUGCAGAGGCAAUGCAAAUCAACUGAAAGUUCUUACACCAUUGUGCUUUGCAUGUUUUGUCCACUUGGUUAGUUCUUCUCAAAAGUGGUGUAUUUCUAUUAUUGUGUGACAUUAGGGAGGGGGAUCACGACUUUUUAGUUUCUUUGUUGGUUGUGGGCCUUUGGUUUUUACUGUUAUCUGCUCCUUUUGAUUUCAAUAUGCUACAUCUGUUAAAUGCGGUCAUGUAGUUAGAUAUUCUUACUUUAGGUUUAAUGCGUGCACAAUGCAGCCAAGAAGUCAUAUGUUGGUGGUAAUCACUUUGGAGUAACCUGAUACAUGUGAAUCUGUAGUUUUCUUCUCCUGAUUCCCAAGUUAUAACGACUGAAUAUCUUUAGGUUUUGUUCUA